ACUGGAUAAGAACCAACGACAAACAAUCCCUGUUCUUCGCCUUAGAGACGAGAGACAGUCGUUCAUACUAGUGAAUUUCUCUCUGUUCUCUCUCAUGGCCACUACCAUCAUCAAUGUAUGCGUCUGUCCUUUUCUUCGUUUUUCUUCUAUCUCUAUACAUCCAACCCAGAACUCUCUCCCACUCGUUCACCAUCCACACCCCUUAGUUCUGGGCACUCAAAAUAGAAUUUUCACCAAAACUGCUGCUAUGGGCAGUGACUUGUUGGGUGAUUUUGGAGCGAGAGACCCAUUUCCCGCAGAGGUAGAGAGUAAUUUUGCGGAGAAAGUUUUGGGUAAUGUUGACACGGAACACAAAAUUCUAAUCCCCAAGCUCUCUGCUCUUUCUCUUUCCCAACAAGAUUGCGCUCCUAUCUCUCCUUUUCAAUCUCCUAUAUCGGAGGACGAGGCUAAUAAACUGUUAAGGAAGAUUGUCGGAUGGAGACUGUUAACUGAAGAAGGGGGACUUAGGUUAAAAUGUUUGUGGAAGCUCAGAGAUUUCAAAUGUGGGGUCGAACUCAUCAACAGGAUAUACAAAGUUGUUGAAGCUACAGGGCACAUACCCAAUCUUCACCUGGAACAGUCCAAUCAAGUUAGAGCUGAACUAUGGACUGCAUCUAUUGGAGGCUUGAGCAUGAAUGAUUUUAUUGUAGCAGCUAAAAUAGAUGAGAUAAAAACAUCAGAUCUGGUCCCCAAAAAGAGAGUUUGGGCAUAAUUGGAUGUCUUUCGUCCUCAAAGAAACCCGACCAUCUGCUGCUCAUUGGGCCUUUCUCCAACCAACUCUGAAGAAGCUCAAUUUGCUAUAGACGUGUUCUACUUUUAAUUUUCUCCAUCAUUUUCAUUUGCGUCUUCCAUACAAAUAAAAAAUUGUGCACAUUUGGAGCAUUUCUUUGAUUUCAUUAAGAAAAUCAUGACCUCUCUGUGUAUGAUGUCUUCUUCAGCAAGUGUUGACAGAAAAUGUCCAUGUACCAACGCAAGAUUUUACUAAUCGCUGUAUAUAUCGGUCAUCUAUAUUGGUUUUCUUGUUUUCCGAUAUCAUAUUCAUCCUCAUUAUAUUCUUUCCCAAUCUAAUACUUCAUGUUAGUGUUCCUGGCUAAGAUUCAAAAAUUCACAUAAUUUUGUAUACUCAUCUUCUGCUAAUGAAAAUCAUAUGCAAGUUUGUAUCUAGUCUAUAUCUCUGUAUGACGUGACAGGUUCACCAACAAAGCCUUUCCUUCCUGGGAGACUUGGAACUGUGGAAAACAGGGGAAGCUGGUAUAGGCCGUCUUAUCUCUCUAUUGAACAGACUUAGCAGAGGUUUUCUGAAAACCGAUCCUUUUUAUAUGCAGGACCAGCAGAAUCAGUAAACUCAAAGACGAGUCACAAAACAUGUUCUUUAUAUUCAGAUUGUGUGGAUAAGUUUUGCAUAUCAGAAGUUUUAUGUUUCAUGGUACCAAAAUCAGGAAUACUGGUUAGGAUCAAAUGAUGGGGAAGGUUGUCUACUAUUAGGCACAAGAAAGGCACGAUUUAUUGCUCCAAGGGUGUUCUUGGACUCGGCUCUCUCCUUGGGUAAUUACCGAGGUAAAAGCGGCUCUCUCGGAAGACAGUUCCCUGCCAUCUUAUUGGGACUAAUCUAAUAUAUUCUUACUUGAAUUGCCAAGGUUUUAUUUUUUAUUUUUUGUUGUGGUAACAUGCCCUUCU